AUGGGUUCUCAAGAUGAAGGUGAUGCCAAUGUGGGUUAUGGUUUGAGGUUAAACCCCAAAAGAUCAUGGAGAUUAUCAGGGGAGAAGGGAGAAGAGAUUAUGUGCAGUCUUUGUGGUAAAGGGUUUGAGUCAAAGAAUGGUCUUUUUGGUCAUAUGAGGCAUCACUCUGUGAAACAGAGGAGUGAGUGUAGGGAUUGCGGUAAAGGGUUUGAGUCUUUGAAGGGUUUGAAUGUUCAUAGGAGAGUUCAUACGAGAAGAAUGAUGGGUUUUGAUGAAGCAGAGAAGCUUUGGGUUGAGAAUUGGGGGGUGGUAAGGAGGAGAAGGUCUGCAAGAUGCAGCUAUAGAAUUGGUUCUUCUCCUAGCUCUUCAUCGUUUUCUGGUUUGCAUUUGAAUGAAUGGAGAUUUGGAAAUGGGUUUGGAAUAGACGUAGAAGAGGCUGCUUUUUGCUUGAUGAUGAUUUCCAGGGGUUUAGGGAAUUGGGGUCAGGUUAGUUCAGUGGCUGAGUCCUCAAAUAAUAACUCGUUUUCUGUUGAGGCUGCUGUGUCAACCAGUCAAAAGAGAGCUGGGGAUAGUGAAGGUGGUGUUUUUGGUUGUGAUGGUGAUUCUGGGUCUUACCAGAUCAAAAGGGUCAAGGUGGAGAUGUCAGCUGAUUGUGUUUUGGAUUUUGAGAAUGGGUCUAGUGUGAAGGAAGUGUCUGAGUUUGUUGACAUUGAUUCUGGUCAUGGGUUUUUAGGUAAUGAGAUGCUUAAAUCUGGGUAUCUCUUAUAUGGUACUAAAGAUUUGGAUGUGAAAACUUGUGAGAAAGUUGAAGUGGGUUUAUCAGGUUUGGGGUCAAUGAAGUUUGGUUUGAGCAAGGAGGCUGUGCUGAAGGCUUGUGAUUCUGUGAACAGAUUGGUGUGUGCUGCUGAAUGUGUAACCUCUGCUGAUUAUGAGAAGAAGAGAGAACACGUUUGCAGGAUAUGCAGAAAGGUUUUCGGCACCCUUAAGGCACUUGGAGGCCACCAGAGAGUUCAUAAGAGAGGUUACAGAAGUUCAGGGCUGAAGAAUGGGGAUGGAGAGGACAGAACUCAGAAUGGCACACUUUGUGAGACUGAGGAUAAUUGCAAUCCUCCAGUGCUUGUAAGCUGUGAGAACUCAGUGGAGCAGGAGAUGGAAACUGUGGCUGAGGGUGAUUCCGAGAGAAAGGGUCACGUUUGCGGCAUCUGCUUGAAGGUUUUCGCAUCAGGCCGAGCUUUGGGUGGCCACAAGAGAUCUCAUUAUGUCAAGGAUUCCGAGAUAGUCACAGAAGAGACCAGAGCAGUGAAGCAACAGAUUUCUGAUAUGUGUGAUGCAUUUCAAGUCAGUCACGCAUUCAAAUUUCUGGAGGAGAAUGCUGGUGUUGAAUGUAAGCCAUGGUGGGCUAGGACUGAACAAAAGCAUGAGCUGCUGGUGGGUUUGAUCCCCAACUAA